AUGCAAGCCGACCAGACGAGCUACCCAGCCCCGCCCCGCCCCCCACCGCUGUACGCCAUAUCCGGCCGCAGCGUCGCGACCUCGCGCAUUCACGAGUUCGUCAUGGCGCGCGACGAGGCGUUUAGUCUGGGCGAGUACCUCGUCAUCAAGCAAGAGCUGGGCGACGCGCUCUCGCGCGUGGGGGGCAUCGCCUCCUUCACCGUCGCCCGUCCGCCAGCCGUCGGACGCGUCCUCGUCACCAUGGUCCCAGGCAACUCCCUCCGCACGCGCGGCAAGACGUUCGUCGCGCAAACAAUCCAGUGGGCGACCGAGCUCCCCGUGCGGGUCAAGCGCCACGACAACCGGUUCAUCGUCGACGGCGUGGUCGUCACCGCUGAGGGAUGGCGCGUUAAUGGGGCUGAGGAGAAGCCGCGGACUAGCGGCACAAAGUGGUAG